CAUUUGCGGACAGAGCUCCGACAUGAGCGGACUGAAUUGUGAGAAUGCGCCUCGAGUUUUCUUGGCUGGCUGUCGCGCUUUGUGUGAUCCUGCAACAGGAUCUGUGCCAGGACUCGGUGCAGGCUGCCAGCAUCCUGGGCAUAUUUUCCUACCACUUCAGCUCCCAUAAUCUGGUUGUGCGUCCAUUGGCAAGGGCUCUAGUUAAACGGGGCCACAAUGUAACGUUGAUCACACCAGUUGGAAUGCCGUCCGAUAUCGAGGGAGUUCGCCAUAUCCGCGUUCCCAAGCUAAAUCAACGCGUCCAGGAAAUGAUCGAGUGCGACCAAAUGAUGGACUUCUUCGGCAGCAAAUGGAUAGCAGGCUGGUUGGCAGUGACAAUGCUCUACAAUAUGUCCUUAGAUAUACUGAGCGACGAAGGAGUCCAACGGAUGCUAAAGGACAAGAGUGAACGUUUUGACCUGGUUAUGCUGGAACCGUCUGCCCUGGAAGCGCUCUAUGGCAUAGUGGAGUUCUAUAAUGCCACCUUGAUGGGGUUUUCCGGUGGCAAUGUCAACUGGAGCACCGAAGAAGUCGCUGGAAACUUUGCGCCAAGCAUCAAUGAUCCGAUCUCCUCGCUGGGCUAUUCCCGAGGCAAUUCGCUCCUGAGCAAAAUUUACAACUGGGUCCAUAUCACAGAGGAAAAGUUGCUGACACACCUGAUCGUCCGACCAUCUCAACUGCACAUCUUCAAGAAGUUUUUUGGCUAUUCGGAGCAGACAUUUUACUACAUGCGGAAGAGGUAUUCGGUGAUCUUGGUCAACAACCAUUUCAGUAUGGGCAGGGUGCGAUCUAAUGUGCCGAACAUCAUAGAAGUCGGAGGACUGCAUCUCACCGAGCCACCUGAGCCGUGCGAUGCGAAACUGCAGAGAUUUAUGGACGACGCGGAGCACGGGGUUAUCUAUUUCUCGAUGGGACAGGAGAUAUUGGUGCAGUUUUUGCCUGAAGACAUGCAGCAAAACCUUAUGAAAUCUUUAGUCCAAUUCAAGCAGAGGGUCGUUUGGAAAACCGAACUUUAUAGCAUGCCAAACAAAGCGGACAACAUAUAUGUGAUUGAACAGCCUCCACAGCGCGCGGUUCUGGCCCAUCCCAAUACUCGACUUUUCAUCACAAACGGGGGUCUGCUAAGUGUAAUGGAGGCUGUUUACAGUGGAGUGCCGAUCCUGGGAUUACCAGUGUUCUUCGACCAGUUCAUUAAUCUGCGGAAUGUUAAUCUGCGUGGCAUGGCCGAGGUCUUGGACGCCAACGAGAUGAGUUUGGAAAUGUUGACCUCGACCAUUCGGGAGCUGCUGGAGAACCCUAAAUAUACUCUGAAAGCCAGGAAAAUGUCGCAGUCCUUCAGGGACCGACCCAUGAGUCCUUUGGACACAGCAGUUUGGUGGACGGAAUACGCCCUGCGCAAUGGCGAUGCCUCACAUAUGCGUCUUAAGACGGAGGAUGUUCCUCUUUACUACCAAUGGGAUUGGCUGAUCCUGUUAGCUGCUCGGUUUGGUAUUGUUUUCGGAUCUGUGAUCUAUUUGUUCUACAAGGUAUUCCAAAAAACUCGUGCAGGCCCAAGGCCCCUUCAAGAUAGAGAAGCUGCUUUUCAGCACCUCAUUUUGCUUGCUCCAAGAUGGCAAGCACAAUAAUCUUACCCCAAGUAUUGUUUUGUGUUACUGCUGUUACUACUACUCUGUUAACUACUUACCUGUUUAUUUAUGAGUUGAUCUUAAAAGUGUGCUUCGAAAAUCGCUUGUUUACGUCGACUUUGUAGCAUAAGUUCAG